UCCUGUCUAGAUGACCGCUCCAUAUGCGAUCCUCACGCUGAAUGCGUCCCGGGUGAGGGUGGACACUACGUUUGUAACUGCCAUUAUGGAUAUCAUGGCAACGGCCUCAGUUGUACCCGGCGAAGAAUUUCAGCUGAUUCUGAAACAAAUGACGAUAUUUUGCUCAUAUCGAGAGGGAUGGCCAUUUUUCAGCGAGGAAUCAAUCCUGAUGUGCCAGGGAAACAAUUGAUCGUUAUUCCGCAUCAUAUCGCAGUGGGGUUGGACUACGACUGUCAAGAAAAGCGAUUCGUUUGGAGCGAUAUCUCCGGCCACUCAAUCAGAUCGGCUUCAAUGAAUGGCAGUGAUCAGCAGUCAUUCUUCACUAACGAUCUUAACAGUCCCGAAGGUAUCGCGGUGGACUGGUCAUCCAAAAACGUUUACUACGCCGAUUCGCUAAAUGAUGAAAUCGGGGUCGCAUCACUGGAUGGAAAGUAUCAAAAGGCGCUAAUCACAGAAGGUUUGGUCAAUCCAAGAGCACUAGCCCUUGACAUGCAGAACAGACAUCUAUACUACACGGAUUGGCAUCGUGAGAAUCCAGUCAUUGGGCGAGUUGACAUGGACGGGAGGAAUAAUCAUGUGUUCCUCAAUGAGGACGUCCAUCUUCCUAAUGGCAUUACAAUUUUACCAAAUAGGCGAGAACUCUGUUGGGUAGACGCUGGAAAUCAUAGAUUAUCAUGCAUCGGUCUGAAUGGUAAUAAUCGCCGCGUGGUCUUCGCCCCACUGCAGCAUCCAUUCGGACUCACUCACAACAAUGAGGCCAAAUUCUAUUGGACAGAUUGGAAAGAUAACCGAAUUCACUCGGUCGGCAUAUAUGGUGACGGCUACAAGUCGUUUCCGAUCUCCUUGGGCGGUUCAGGAAAGGUGUACGGGAUUUUAGCACUACCAAAGCACUGCAUGGGACGUAAGUAUCCAUCCUAUGUUUCAAAAAACGAAGUUCUAGACAUGGAACAUUGA